GGCUGCCGUCGCUGUUUAGAAUGUAAUGUCGUGAAUGUUAGAGCGCGGUUUGUUUUUUAUUGCUUUUAUUAAACAAAAAAUUGUGAAAACCGUGCGAUAAUGAAGUGUUUUUUGUUUCGAACUUGAUUAGUUAAUAUACUUUAAUCUAGCACUCUGCACAUAAUUGAAGGAACGUACUGUAAAAGAAAUUAUUUAUUUUAGUGUGCAGUAUGUAAUCGUAGUGGUCUUGGCUGUUUUGGGGAAUACGGUUUGAAACAUCGGAUGCUGUGUGAAUGGUGUUGGCGGGGUAAUAAGAAGCAUUUAUCAGGAUGUUAUCGAGUAAAGAUGGUCUGGUGUCUGCAAACAGUUCUUGGCCGUGUUCAUCACAGAAGCAACUCUCCGAUGUUCUCAGCACGACACAAGACAACAGGCUGAACGACACACACGGGUUUCAACACGACAGGAGUGAAGCUGUCUGUUUGGAGAGAGCAGAAGAGGACUUGCCGUGUGUCGUCACGCUUCAGUGUUCACCCAGCUCCGUGUCCGCAAUCAGCAGUCUUCAGGUGGUCAGUGAAGCCCGCACUAUUGAAGUGUACUCACUGUCUGGAGAAUACUGUGGCACCUGCCGUGGAGAAGAAGUUCAAAUAUUACACACUAAUGGUUCUGAAGAAGAGAGGCAUUUUUACAGGAAUAAUCUGAUUCUGGAAAGCCCUGCUGUGUCCUGUGAGGUGAAGCUGCUGUCUCUCGGUGGCCGCUCCUCUGUGACUGUCGCUCAUGUUUGUGUGGGACUGGAGAUGCUGAAGGACAGACAAGGUGGGCCGAAAGUAGACCCAGGCAUUGACCUUAAGGAGGUGCAGGCCAUGAUGGAGGAGAUGGGCACAACCCUUUCACCGGGAGCACAAAAUCUCUUGGAGCUGGUGCAGUGCCAACAAAAGAAUAAAUCAGACAUGCUGAAUGGUUUCAUUCCCCUGCUCAUGGGAGGAGGGGCUUUGAGCUGUCUGUCAAGAGGAGGCGGGGCUUCCAGUGCUGAAGGGGCGGAGUCAGGCCCAAAUCCACUCUCUGGCCUCGAGCAGCUUCUAUCUGCCUGCAACCAGAACCAGAUACCCACUGCCAUGUCUGCCCUGCUAAACUCUGAAUCAGGCGCAGUCAGCCCAGACCUGCUUCCAAUGCUGCAAAGCGUAUGCGGUCAGGUCACACAGCUCCGUCUGGAGGAAGCCACAUCUCCAGAGAGGAAGAAGAAUGGAGAGCGUGAGGGUCAUAUCUGCUGUGGAGGGUUUGAGAAGAUUCUGGAAACGGUUGUGGAGAAAAGAAUGGAUGAGAUGGAGAGAAGAUUAAAGGAACAUCUGGACCUGCGACUGGACGCUCUUCAGCAGAGACUGGAGAUCACACUUCAGCAGGCCCUGUCACAUAAACAACACCAGUAAACACCAUCCUGUAAAACACAGAACUAACACUUCUAGCAAGAUCUCAAGCAUGAGCAACCAGAUUAGUGACAACCAGAUUAUUCUAUAAAGGUAAAUAAAAGUUCAUGUCAAAACUAAGAGUUCACGUCAUUUACACCUUUAUGAUAAAAGUGGUUCUAACAAUUUUGGCCAGCAAUCUCCUGCUGGAAAUGUAAAUGCUUUACAGUUUAAAAAAACAGUUGCUUGUUUUCAGUGAUUCAGUUCUAAGACACUGUACUGACCUGGUUUUUCAUGGUAAUUAACAGUUUGUCAUGUCGGUUGACUGACUUAAGUCUACAAAAUGGUAUCAGUUGAUCGUCACACAUCACAAUUACUCAUGGAACUCUUCUGAAUAACAGUCGAUAUUACAGGUAAUAUAUUAUUUUAUCCAAAAGAUACAACUCAUGCUGCUAAAAGAACCAUUUUUUUCUGGCAAUUGCAAAAUAAACUGUAACACUAACAGCUGAUUUAAAAGUUGUGAUGUAAAAACAGUUGCACUGACGUUAUCAAAUAUUGAGUAUUUGUUACUGUAAAUGACCUUUGUGUAAAUGAUGUUCAUAUGUUGAACUAUGGACAAGAACAAUAACAUUAAACUGCUGUUUAUACUUAAGUACUUAAAGUUGCACUUUUAUUAUGUUAGUUUGUCAUGUUUUCAUUUGAUCAAAGUACACUUUCAUGCCAUCCAUUUUUUUUAACAAAACAACCAAAAAAACAUUGUUGUUGUAGUUAAACCUAAUAACCAUGAAUUUAACUUGGUAACCAGUGCACCAAAAAACUGUUUACGAUAAACAAUCCAUGUUAAUGUGUGAAGUAUAGUUUAUUUUGAAACAAACAUACAGCCUUUUAAAAUAUACUGCAUUUGAUAGCACUUGCAAGCACCUGACACUAGGUGUGCUAUUGUGGUUCAUCCAUUUAAAGUUUUGUCAAUUUAAGUUGUCAAUGUCUUUUUCUCACUUAAAUACGCAUCAGUGUGGACAUCUAUUGUUUUUGCAAUCUUAAGUAGUUUAUUAUUAUUAUUAUUGUACCAUUUGUUUUCUAUAAAUUUAUUGACCAGACAUUAUUUCUAUCUUAUGGAUGAAGUAAUUUGGGCAAAAAAAGUAUUCAAAAGUAUAUGUGUGAGCUACAAGUAUGACAAUGUGAAAAUUAAGGGCUCGAUUUUAACGAUCUAGGUGCAAAGUCUAAACUGCAUGGCGCAAAAGCAUUAAGGGCGUGUCUGAAUCCACUUUUGCUAUUUUAAGGAUGGAAAAAUACAGUUUGCGCUAAAGCGCAUGAUCUAACAGGGUUAUGCUUAUUCUCCUAAUGAGUUAUGGGUGUUUUUUUGAGCAUAACGUGCAAUAAACCAAUCAGAGUCUCAUCUCACAUUUCCUUCAAGAGUCAGUUGCGACGCGCCAUGGCACAUUUGCUAUUUACAUGAUGGACAUUGUAAGUGGUAAAAUCAAACACUUCACUAGCAAGAAAACAGUUAAACAUACCAUUUGCAGCGUGAGGAUAAAGAACAGUCCUCCAUUUGGCCUCUUUACUUUCUCUUUACUUUUAUUCUUUACUUUACUAAUUUACUUUCAUGGAUAAAGAAAUGGUGGAAACUCACUCCACUGAAGACAUCCAUUAGCUUAAUUUCGUUUGCUAAGCACAACAAUUUGUUUCAAAACUAUUUCUAAAUUUAGUUCUAAUUUCCAGGAAGUACUGUUUUUUAUAUCUAUUUAUUAAAUGAUAUUUUUUUGUAACAUUUUAAUCCUUUAUUUUUUGUAUGUAAAGAUAUUUAUGUAUUGAUGUACAUUCUGUGUGUAUUAAGUGUAUGAACCUGCAUAGGUGCAUAACUAAUGCGAUCUUGACUUUAGACCAGUUUUACUUGAUCAAUGGCGCAGUCUAUUCCACUUUCUCAAAAUAGCAACAUGACAAUAAUGCGCCUUAACACAACUCCUUUAUAGACUGACACACCCAUAAGUCCAUAAAGUGACGCAAAUGGAUUUGCUAUUUAAACAAUGUAGCACAAAAACGUGAAAAUUACUGUUGCGCUGGUCUGAAAAUAGCAACAUAUCGUGCCAAACUUGUCUUGCGCUGGUUGUAUGAUAGAGCCCGAAAGCAAAUGGAUGGCAUGUGAACACGUGUACAUAUCCUCAUACUAGUCUGGCUGAUGGAUUUUUUUUUUUUUUGCCAAUUGUGCUGUAUGUAUAUUUUCAUAUGCUUAAAAAUGUACCGCAAGGGAUAGUUUGUCCAAGAAUAGAACAUUAGUCAUUAAUCACUCUAUUGUCAUUCUAAACCUGUAAGUACUCUCAGAAUUUAAAGGGCAUCUAUAGCUUUUUGGACAGAAAUGUGUGUAGGAAUAGUGUGUACAGUCACAUUGGAGUGAUAUAAAUGCAAUAAGUAUCUGUUUUUGAAUUUCUUAAUGUCAUAAUCCCAAUGAUCUUGAUCCAAUGAACAAAUAUUGAUUAACAGGCAUGUAUUAUCAGAUCCAUAUACACAGGUUUUGCAAAGAACCUGGAAUUCAAAUAUCUGUUCCAUUCUCUAUGAUCCAACUGCACUUCAAAAGCAGUAAGUGUUACGCUUUAUAUUUUUUAUAGCAUUUAGAACUAUAAUUUUUGAGAUAUGUAAUUCAUAAUAAUUAAUAAUUUUUGAGCUUACGAAAGUUUUAACAGCAUUUGUGUGUGUUUCAUUCAUCAUUACAGGAAAGCUAAAUAAAUUCCACAACAACUGUAUCAA